AUGCCAAUGAUGGUGCCCCUCUCAGUGGGAAAGUUUCUUGUGCAGGUUAUGAGGGCUGUGGUGUCCAUGAAGAUUGACAGCCCUGUAGGCAAGAUCACGAUAGCACGACCAAAAGCCCUGAAUGCUGUCAGCAUGGAGGCAAUGCAAGAGAUCGUGCAUGCAUCCCAUCAUCUGGAUCGUACAGAUGAUGUGAAAGCAAUCAUCAUUACUGGCGAAGGCAACAAAGCAUUUGCGGCCGGGGCUGACAUCAAGGAGAUGGCCUCCCAGCAGUACAGUGAGGCAUACAAGAGGCGCUUCAUGGAAGGGUGGAGGGAGUUGAGGGAUGUGCGCAAGCCCAUCAUUGCAGCGGUGAACGGCUAUGCGCUGGGGGGCGGCUGUGAAGUGGCCAUGAUGGCUGACAUCAUCAUCGCCAGUGAGAAUGCCUCCUUUGGGCAGCCAGAGGUGACGCUGGGAGUCAUUCCAGGCAUGGGAGGCACGCAGCGGCUGAUCAGAGAAGUGGGCAAGUCCCGUGCCAUGGAGAUGAUCUUGUGUGGCAGGAGGUUGAGUGCGGCAGAGGCAGAGCAAGCAGGGUUAGUCAGCAGGGUGGUCCCCCAGGACCAGCUGCUGCCAGAGGCUUACAGGCUGGCCGCCAAGCUUGGCGCCUUGUCGGCGCCUGUCAUUGCCAAAGCCAAGGACUGCGUCCACCGCGCAUAUGAGACCAGCCUCGCCGAAGGGCUGCGCUAUGAACAGCGCGAGUUUUGGUCCUGCUUUGCUCUGGAGGACCAGAAGGAGGGGAUGCGAGCCUUCCUUGAGAAACGGGAGCCACACUUCACUGACAGCUGAGGAGCAGAGGGGGAAAAAAUUUUGUGCCUGUAAUGGUUUGCUUGCCUGCAUGUGGUGCCAUCUGGCAUGUGCAGUAUUGUGCUAAUAGUUACUGCCUACCUUGCAAUUAUGUAGAUGUUUUUGAACUG